AUGCAAACCUUCGUCGCUAUCCUAGCCCUUGUGGCGGUUGUCGCAGCUGAGAGUUACGUCAGAUCUCCCGAGGCGGAUGCUGUGAUCCUGAAACAGGAAGCGGAUGUAGCUCCCGAUCAGUUCCAGUAUAAUUUUGAAACCUCCAACGGCAUCGCAGCCGCGGAGCGUGGAAUAUUGAAGAACCCUGGUCGCGAAGAUGAAGCUAUUGAAGUUCAAGGUCAAAACCAACACACUGGCCCAGAUGGUGUUAUCUACAGAAUCACCUACAAAGCCGACGAAAAUGGAUACCAACCACAGGGUGAACACCUUCCAGUCCCUCCCCCACCCCAGGAAAUCCCUGAAUAUAUCCUUCGCUCCAUCGAGUACAAUAGGCUUCACGCCAAGCCUGAGUUGGAGAGGCCU